AUGACGACCCAGAGGCCCAACAUCAUCUUCAUAAUGGCUGACGACCAUGCUUCAAAGGCUAUCAGUGCCUAUGGAGCUGGUAUCAAUUACACGCCCAAUAUUGACCGCCUGGCAAGCGAGGGGAUGAAGUUCAACCACUGCUACGUCACCAAUUCCAUCUGCACCCCGUCGCGAGCAGCUAUCCUGACCGGCACUCACAACCACGUCAAUGGCGUGAUGACCCUAAACGACAGCAUCAACAAGCAUCUACCCAACGUUGCAAAGCACCUCCGAACAGGCGGUUACAACACGGCGAUGGCUUGGACUACUGGUCCGUCCUCCCAAGGCAAGGUGACUACUGGGACCCAGAGUUCAUCGAGCCGUCCGUCUGGCGAAAAGAUCGAGGAGGGCUACGUCACAGACAUCAUCACAGACAAGUGCCUCGACUUCAUCAACAAAACCAAAGACACCGACAAGCCCUUCUUCGUCAUGUGCCACCACAAAGCCCCCCACCGCUCGUGGGAGUGCGACGACAAGCACAAGAACCUCUACACCGACCCGAUCCGCGUCCCCGAGAUCUACGACGACGACUACAAGAACCGCGCCAAGGCGGCGAAGAUCGCCAAGAUGCGCGUCGCCGAGGACCUGACGUACCAAGACCUGGGGCUCGUGCAGCCGGACGGGGGAAACAGGGUCGGCGAGCGCGUGGUGCAGGAGUCGAACUCUGCGCAGCGCAAGAUCCCGACCGAUGCCAAGAGGCUGAUUGACAAGGAAGAUGGGACGGUGUUCACGUUCAAGAACGGCGACGACCUUGCGCACUUCAGGUUCCAGCGGUACAUGCAGCGCUACCUUCGCGUCAUCCAGUCUGUGGACGACAAUGUCGGCCGUAUGCUGAACUACCUCGAAGAGAACGGGCUGGCUGAUAACACGAUUGUGAUCUAUACGUCGGAUCAAGGGUUCUUCUUGGGUGAGCAUGGGUGGUUUGAUAAGCGCUUUAUGUGCGAGGAGUCGUUCCAGAUGCCGUUCCUUAUUCGCUAUCCCGCAGCAAUUGCCAAGGGCGCAGUAUGCGACGACAUCAUCUGCAAUGUUGACUUUGCGCCGACAUUCCUCGAUUUUGCGAAUCUGCCAGUGCCAAGCUACAUGCAGGGCGUCUCGUUCCGGGAGCUGCUCAGUGGCAAGACGCCGACAGACUGGCGGCAGAUUGCAUACCACCGAUACUGGAUGCACAACGACAUCAUUCAUCACGCCUAUGCGCACUAUGGUGUUCGAGACCAACGAUACAAGCUCAUUUACUGGUAUAACGAGGCCCUGGACGUGGCGGGCGCCAGGCCAGGCGGCGAAAAGGAUGAGGAAUGGGAGUUGUUUGACUGCGAGAAGGACCCGUUGGAGCUAUUCAAUGUGUACCACGACCCAGCAUAUGCGGAAGUUGUGAAGCACAUGACAGGACUGCUGGAGUUGAAGAUGGUGCAGAUCGGGGAUGAACCCGUUCAUCCAAGGCUUGGUGCGACGAGUGGGUCGGUUGAGCUCGCGACGAGAUUUGGUGCCGCCAUGCGGUUAAAUCAUGAACGGCCUGAUCUAGAUCUUGUUGCUCAGGAGGUGCGACGUCGUAUCAUGUGGUCCCUCAAGAUCACUGAAAGAUACUUUUCGGCUGGGCUGCCGGAGUUUGAGGCUUGCCCGAUUGAAACAAUUUACUUACAGUUCCCAUCAGCCGAGGAGGAGUUCUGUCCAACGUUUGAGCCAGGAGAUGGCAGCUGCUACAGGCUGUAUGUCAGGCUUGAGAUUAUCCGGAGAGACAUCAUGAAGUUGACGAGGGGCGUUGCACUCUGUGAUCAGCCCUUCAUGCCACUGGCAAAACUAAUUGGGGACUUUGAGAGAGACUUGGCCGAAAUCGGAUCUCAGAUGCCUGAUGGCACGGAGUUCCCUCUGUCUCAACUUGAGGCCCACUUCAAUGACCGAUGGCUCAGACGACGACUCUUCAUGCACGUCUCCUUCCACCAAGCGCACUGCGAUCUUUACCGAAUCUUGCUUUCUGGCUACCCUGAAGCAGCGCCUCGGGUGGUCCUCGAUGCUAUCGAUGAAGGCUACGUAACGGCUGCAUACCACAAUUGCCUCAAGCACUCCACAUCUAUCAGUCAGAUUUUGACCAACCUAAGAUCAACACAGCCCCAGCCAUCUGCUUCUUGA